CGAAAAUAAAUGACGUGCGUAAAAUCCUGUCGUCCGCAGUAAUACCUUGCUGUAUAAGAUUUUUGGAUCGCUGAAGUAAUUCAAGUUAUAUCUGUGCUUAAGUUGGUGAUAUUUGAUGAGAAUGACAAAGUUUGUGUUCGCGAGAAAAUGGAUUGAACUAUUGAACAAUGCAGGCAAUUUUGCCUGCGGAAAACCUUCACUAGCCAGGUACGUUCGAUCUCUUGCUACGCAUGCCGGCAAAAUUUGCGAACCUACGGGAUUAGAUCAGCGACCGUCCUUGAGCGAUCCGGAAGUUGCUCAUGGUCAACUUCACCAGCGACUUCUUAAGCUGUUUGAGGAUGAAACGAAGCGAGGAUUAGUUGUGCCAGUGUUUAAACGCGCUUUAUUAUACGGAGAAAAAUCAGCCCUGCGGGAUACUGCCGGAGACUACAGUUUUAUACAGAUUUACGAGUCCGUCAAACGCCUAGCCUUGCAGAUUUCUAAUUUUUGUGGCAGUGCUUCUCAGUCGCGAGUAGCAAUUUUAUGUCCAAACAACGCAACAUAUCUCAUUAGUCAGUGGGCCUGUUGGUUUUCAGGACAAAUUGGUGUACCGUUAAGCCCGAAAUACCCCCAAGAAUUGUUGGAAUAUUUUAUUAAGGAUUCCGAUGCGUCGCUGCUGAUUGCUACUCCAGAGUUUCAGAAAAUAGCUCAACCUCUAGCUACGAAACUAGAUAUAAAACUUUUACUAGUACAUCACGACUUGCUAAAAUCUGAGCCCAAACAGCAAACUGAACAACAACAAGAGGAUGAAAUUUCAUACCUCGAUCCCAGAAGAGAGAAUGUAAUUCAGUUAAAUGAUACUUUACUCGUUGAAGGAUGUCUAAAUGGUGAGUUCUAUCGUGAUGCAAAUGCACUCAUUCUCUACACAUCUGGAACAACUGGCAAGCCUAAGGGCGUUGUUUUAAGCUAUGCCAACUUAGAUACGCAAUGCGAUGCAUUGUCGCACGCUUGGCAGGUCACAGGCGCUGACUCUGUUCUACACGCCCUGCCAUUAAAUCACGUUCAUGGUACAAUAAAUGCCCUCAAUGUACCGCUUUCUGCCGGGGCGAAAUGUGUUAUGUUGCCGAAAUUCGACAGCAGCAGUGUUUGGAGCUAUCUGCUAAAUGUAAACAUGACGACAAAAGAGAAAGUGAACAUCUUUAUGGGUGUUCCCACCAUGUAUAAUUUAUUGAUUCAAGAGUAUGACAAUGUUUUCGGUAAAAAUGCAAGGAUGUGCGAUUACGUCAAGACUCACUGCAAAAAUAAAAUUCGCUUGAUGAUAUCUGGAUCUGCCCCCUUGCCGGGAACCACGUUUAAACGCUGGCAUCAAAUCAGUGAUCAUCAUCUACUGGAAAGGUAUGGAAUGACUGAGAUUGGUAUGGCUAUUUCGAAUCCGUAUAUUCAGGAUAGUACUCGUGCCAGAACAUGUGGCAGUGUGGGAUUACCCUUGCCAGGAGUCACUGUGAAAAUUGUUAACAAAGAACAACAAAAGGAAAUUGUAUUAGAAGGCAUAAAAGACGAGGGGUUCUGGAAUCAGUCAUCGAAUGCUAAAGUACCGGACCCACCAUGUAGCCAGCCGGUAAUAGGUUCUCUGUAUGUAAAAGGACGCUCUGUCUUUCAACAGUACUGGCAAAAACCAGAUGAAACAAAAUCAGAAUUCGAGGAUGGUUGGUUCAAGACAGGCGAUACAGCGGAGUAUGCCGAUGGUAAAAUUAGAAUUCUCGGUCGUUCUUCUGUCGAUAUUAUCAAAACCGGAGGUUACAAAAUAUCUGCGCUAGAAAUUGAAACCGCUUUGCUUGAACACGCAGAAAUUACAGACGUGGCUGUUGUUGGCCUGCCAGAUGAAACGUGGGGCUCUAAGAUAGUAGCCGUAGUUUGCGUCAAAGACGAUGAAGCGUUCAGUAUUCCACAACUUCUGAACUGGUUAGGGAAUAAAAUCCCUAAACACUCGAUUCCGAAAGAGAUUAAACUCACAUCCGAGGUACCGCGAAAUGCCAUGGGCAAAAUAAACAAAACCGAGUUGAUGCAAAAAUUGCAAGAAGAAAAGCAACCAGAAGAAAAAGUAGUAAAGUAAGUCGGGACGCGACCGUGGAAUCCUGUAGCAUUUGGCCUGAGAUGUGUUCGAAAUUAAAUUACAGCUUCAUGUGUUAUGCGCUGAGAUAUGAGGUUAAUCUCUUGUAAGGUAACAAGGCAGGUAAGCAAUAUAUACUGCCAAAAGCAGGCGGAUCGCGCCGCAGAUUGCGAUGGUUACGUAUUAAUGUUUGGAACCUUCAACAAGUUUAUAUGUAUCUGUAUUCCAAAAAUACAUAUGCAUUCUUAAAUCUUACACACUAUAUAGUAUACUCCAUUAACUAUCUAUAACGUAAUGUUCGUGAUCAAGUCUGAGUAAAGCAGC